AUGUAUAUCCGCUGGAACGAUAUCAGACCCAAAGCCAUGGAACCCAGAGACAUGGAGAGCACACCCGGUGCAUCGCGCUCACUCGAAAUUCAAGCAGUUCUCGUGGCAUUUUCUUUACUAUCCGCCACGACUGUCGCUUUACGGACUUAUAUACGAACGAAAGUGCUUAGUUCAUUUGGUUUGGACGAUGGCUUGAUGGUAGUGGCACAAGUGCUCGCUAUUGGCUCUGCUGUGGCCAUUGGUCUUGAAAACAAAUAUGGACUGGGGUAUCACACGUGGGAGCAACCCAAAAGCGCAUAUGUGCCCUAUAUGAAGUCCUUUUACGCGUCUAUCGUCAUCUACAACAUCGCAAUGUGCCUUGUCAAGAUCGGAAUAUUACUCCAAUACCGUCGAGUUUUCUCUAUUCAAAUCAUACAGCUCAUCACAUUCUACGGAACGGCUUUGAUGGUGGCUUGGACUAUUGUCAUCGCCUUCCUCAACAUACUCAUCUGUGUUCCUGUCGCCAAGUUCUGGAACGCUGACCUACCUGGGCGAUGUCUUAACCCGCUUCUGAUAUGGUACAUCAUGGCAGGGUUCAAUCUAGCGACAGACGUUACUAUCUUCUGUUUGCCUCUGCCGGUUAUCAAGAGUCUCAACCUACCAAGAAAGCAAAAGAUGAUGCUCUCUGCCAUCUUUAGCCUUGGUUUCUUCACAUGUUUCAUCUCGAUCUACCGCAUCCAAACACUCAGGACUGCUGCCUCUACAGAGGAUCCCAACUGGGACAAUGUCGAUGCUGCUAUCUGGUCAUUCCUCGAAAUCACCAUCGCAAUUACAGCAGCCUGCCUACCAACACUACGACCCUUAGUCUCUCGACUCCUGCCUCGGAUGUUCUCUUCCACACUGGGCAGAAGUAACCGUGCUUCCAAAUACACCCAGCCACGCAACAGUCUCUACGUUGGAAACGUCCCUCGAACAAGAACAGACCGUCGUAGCAAGAUGUUUGACGACACAAGCACUCUUGGUGAUGACAGCGUCCCCAUGCCUAUUCACGAUAAAGCUCUGCACUCUCCACACAACGCUAACUUCAGCGUGAGUAUAAGGGCGGGCAGCGAAGGGCAUGGCAGCCAGGACACUAUUCCCAUCUACGAGGGGGCAGGAAUUUCGGCCAAGACUGUCAUAACACAGCAAGUGGUGGAGGAUGAGAGUUGGGAUGGCAGUAGGCCAAGCUGCAGCAACAAAUCUUUCUGA